ACAACUCAAGCUUUGGUUGUGAAAAACGGGACUCGCGGUCGUUCAAGGUAAUGGAGCCAAAUCUGGCGUAGAAGCGGCGUGACAGGAGCUUGGGAUCGCAUUGUGCGAGGAGGAAGCCCACGGCUAUGUAGGAGGUGUCGACGGAAAGAAUGACAGGGGCAGUGGAGCGGUAGUCAAGAGGUCGAAGCGCAGGACCAAAGACGAAAGAGACCUCUUUUCGAUGCCGAGGAAGGCGCGGACGUCUGACAAGUUCUGACAUGGUCCCCAGUUUGCAAUCUUUGCGACACGGCUUGGAUCGGGAACACGACCUGCUGGGGUACAGACGUGUCCUAGGACUGCGAUCUGUUCCGUGCAUAGAAUCGCUUUGGGACCGGAGAAAGUGCCCCUGCAAUACUUCAUUCACUGAACGAUUCGGUUUAGGUUCUGGAAGUGUUCCCAGACAAAGCGGCGAAUUCCUGUGUUUUCAGGGAUGGUCUCGGGCGAUCCGUCAGCGAGGGGAUAUUGGGACUCGGGGCCUCUAGUGGGAACGUCGUCGAUGUAUGGGAUUGUGUAUUCUGGGAUCUCUGGCUGUAGGAUGAAGGUGACGUCAUCGUGGAAGAUAGGAACCGAAUUUGACCACCCCAUAGGCAAGGUCGUAAGCCGCUGUGCUCCAAAGGGGGUCUGGAACGUGAGAUCCAGGAUACCGCCGCAGGCACGGCCUGCAAACUGCUCGGCCAGCUGAUCUGU